AUGUACGCGGUUAAUCGCAAACUUGGUCCGAAAUCGGUGAUGAUCUUUCACAUGCUCGUUGAACUGGCUGUUUUCCUGCUAAUUUUGCUCAUCUUUCUCGUGCCGUACGGCAUCUCAACUCAAGCAAUGCUCUUCCCUUACGUGACGGAGUUCAACGCAGAGAUGGUGAAGGCGGUGUUCUACUACCCCUACUACCGCCUUUAUGGGGAGCUGUUUUUGGAGGAGUCUGAGGCCACUGUGGUUGUAUCUGAUCCGUGUAAUACCGAGGUGUCUACGACGUCAGCGGAUUCAGAAAACAACGACUAUUAG